AUGGCCUGCUGCUUCAAGCAGCCCACCGUUGAGGACGACGACGGGCCGACUUUGGUUGCGGGAAAGUUCGCCGCCGACAACGCGCCGGCCGGGCAUGUCGUGAACCGAGACUCUGAGCUGAAGUCGAGAAAAGCCUCGAACGCGCGGCCCGCCCGAAUCUCGAACGGCGCCGCGCACUCAGGACGCGCACCGAGGCUGUCCAUGGGGGACACCGACGACGAGUGGCACGAUGCGGAGGACACGAUGCCUUCUCUCGACCCCACGUGGGCUAACUCCCCGAGCUCGAAGGAGAUUGGAUCGAUCCUUGAGGAGCACGGGAUCAAGCUGGAGGUCAGGGAGGCACCCGCAGAGGGCAUCGGCCGGUGCCUCAUCCCCCGCUUGGACAUCCCCUUCGAGAAACCCGGAGACGGCGAUACGUUGAGUUGGAGCGCUAACCCGCUUGGCCAAGGGUUCAGACUGCGCGGCAAGCAGUACAAGAAAGAUAGGAAGAAGUUCCCGUCCGAGAAGCCCCUGUACGACGUCGUCCACGUCUUGGCGUUUCGGAGCGACAAGCAGAAGCUGGACUUUGGCGAGCUGAUCUUCGGCGGCGACGUCGGUGAGAUCAUCCACGGGUGUCCGACGGUGUACAUCGCGAAUCUCAUGUUGCCGGACUAUCCCCCGGCGAAUCCGCUGUGGGGCAAGAAGGAAAAGGGCGGUCCGGACGGUCCCGGACAGCACAUCGUCGUGGUGGCGAGGAUGACGGAGGAGACUCGCGCUGAGCUGGAGCGCUGCGGCGGGGAUGUUGACAAGAUGGCGCCGGAGGUUGGUCUGAUGGCGCGCCAUUUCAGGGCGGGGCCGCACGAUGAAAACGGCAUGGACAUGCCUCCGCACCCCGCGCCUGUGAGGCACUGCACGAAGAUGGUGUGCAUGGUGGCGGAUGGGCAGCAGGAGCUCCCGAUGGUGGUGCGCGUGGCCAUCGGGCAGGGUAACGGGAAGCCAUUCAUGGUGAACAAGACGGGUUACUUCACCAAGCAUGAGGGCAAAGGGUACUUCGAGAUCGCAGUGAACGCCCACAACUUCGGGCAGUUCGCGACGAACGGUCUGAGAAAUUGUCACAGCUUCUUCAAGCACCUCGUGCUUGACAUCGGUGUGACGCUGCAAGGGGAUCAUCCAGACGAGCUGCCGGAGCGGCUCCUUUUUGCCUUCCGAGCGGUCAAGCCGGACCUUCACCACAUCCAGGUCCACGUCGACGAGCUCGACGAGGAGGCGAAAUCGAUCGGUAAGGGACGGGAGGCCAGGCCUUGGUUGAGUUGGGACGAGCUGAAGAUGCCCGGCACGUGA